AAAAUAACAGCAAUUUCUACCACAUAGCAGAGUGUUUGUGCACAGAGGAAAAUAAGGUAAAUUGAUUUGUUUACAUCGAACCCAAAAAGGUUAGGUUGAGAAUAUUGACGCUAGUGUCAGAAAAGUGGACCCUUGUGUGUGAGUUGAUAGGGCUACCACAGUCCCGCAGGCCCGCAUUGUUGUUGUUCAUGAAUGGAGAAACUUAAUUCAUGUCAAAUUCGUUCACAAAUAUUGAAAUACUCCAUCUCUCUGCAUUAAGAUCCGUGGAAAGCAAAGAUCACAAUAAUGUCAUACUCAUCUCGACCCCUCGGUUCACAUUUACGACAACCCUCAAUGGGUGGUGGUCUAGGCUCAUCUUCUGGUCAAUCCCCCAUGUUGCAGGCGCGCAUCAACGAAAAGAGGGCAGAGCUAGAGAAUCUGAAGCAAUUGCGAGAUUUGAGUGCAGGGCUAGCUGGACAGAUGCAAAUGUUAGAAGAGAAGCUUUCGACUCUUUCGGAUGGAACAGAAGCUGUCGCAACAGUUUUGGGGAACUGGCACAAUGUUCUGCAGGCCAUCAGUAUGGCAUCUAGUAGGUCACAAGGUACUUCUCUUCCAACAGCAGUCUUCUAAAAUGACUAGUGAAAAUACCAAAACCAAAAGAAUCAAACGAUAAGCAGGAGGAAUCAGAACAAAAAACAGGCUUUGAAGUACCUUUACCUCAGACUCUAGUCCGAAUACCUACAGAGCAUGCGCCAAUGUUACAACCAUCCGCAAAUGAAGAAUCGAAUGAGUAAACAUCGUAUACACCGCGACACCGGACGCUAUAAGAUCAUGUAUUUAUGAAUGGUAUUGGCGCAAAAACGGUGUAACGGGCAUAUAUGGAUAUAAGUUUUGAUACCAAUGGUAGUCUUAAAUUGGAUCGUGUUUACGUAGGAAUUGGUGGUAAAUGCAGCCGGAUCUUUAACGAAGAUAUGAUUGAUGACAAUGAGGCAGAGGUUUACCCAGAAAGGGGAAAAUGUCGAAAACCCUAAAUCUCAAUACACGGAGCUGGGUCUGGAAUAAGUUAGAUGUGAGUCUUGUCAGUCAUUCGAUGAAGUUGGAUCGCAAUGUGUGAGUAUGGGAUAUACAGUAACCUCACAUGUUCCAGUGUUUUUCGACUCUUCACUUCAUGGGACAAUGUAUUUCCAUGGUCAUUUGUACAAUAUAAGUGUAUUGCAUUAUUGAAUUGAGUUGCUAUU